AUGAGCUGGGAUGGAGACGCGCUCGCAAUUCUUUUCGGGCACAUGAAAAACGACCAAGACGGCUCCCGGCCUCGCGAUGCAAGGCACGUGUACGCGAACCCCUUUGUCCCUGAAAUCUGCCCAGUGUUGACGCUAGCGAUGUAUGCUGCUGUACUGGGAAUCGACGAUUCUAAGAUAUCCCCCGGUGGUAACCAAUAUGAUCAAUUCUCAAAGAUUUUAAAGCGCGUCAUGCAGGAAGACGAGAUGAAGGUAUUGCUUGAAAAUGAAGGAUUGGUACCUUCAGAUAUUGGAACACAUUCCGCUGAGUGA